AUGUCCAGCCCAACCCUUCGUCUUGUCUCAAGCCCGCCGCUACCCACACUGCGUGUGGUACCAGAGCUCGUCGCUAUCUCUCUCUCUCUCUCUCUCUCUCUCUCUCUCUCACUCUCUCUCUCUCUUUCCCUCCCUCCCUGCUUCGUUUCCCAGCAGAACAAACGGGUGAAACGGGUCAGCCCGAAUGUCAUUGCAACCAGUCUUCCCGGAAUCGUUGGCCCUGGUCAAGCCUUCUACACCUGCUACGACGACCGGGGUGGCAGACGUUUCCUGAUUGGUACUGGUGAGCAGUUUAGUGUCAUCCCUUCCACAAUGGCCGACCUUCGGUGCCUUUGUCCUGACUAGAUUUCAGGUACUGUCCUUUGAAAGACGCCGAUAGCUAGAGCGUUGGACUUCUUACCGACAACAGAUCGAGAGUUUGGGCCCGAAACUGGAUAUGACUGGCUGGGUGACGGCUAACAAGCCAGAUAUGGCCAUUUCAGUCUCACCCGUCUUUGUCGGUUAUGUCAAUCUGCCUGUAAAAACAUCGGUAUUAGUAAAAAUUCGACUUCAAGGUAGCAUAACCAAAGGAUAAGAGGGAGGGGUUUACUUGUGCCCUGACUUGUCGCGCAGUGAAUUUGCCCACUCAUCUUCGGAGACCAGUGAGUCUUGUGCAUAUCUUUCAUUAAUCGGCUCAUUUUGCUUGCUGCGCAGUUCAUCAUUGCUGACUGUGAGAUCGAACAGGGUCUCCUUUUGGCAUGACCUGUGUCGCCCUCGCACUCAUUGACUAUGACGAUAAUUGACGGCCCUGAUUGUUUCACGCUCUCACUGUCUCCUGUCCAGAAGGUUCGUAAAAGCAGACAGGGGGAGUCAAACUGAAGUGACGGUUGACUGAGCAGUCGUCGUAUCUCCAGGAUUUUUGCACCUAUCUUAACGUGUUAUCGUCGCCUCGACCCAUAACCUAAUCUACGCCAGAGUUAAAGAUGUGUUCAACUGUGCGGCAUUGGUUACAACCAAAGACUUUGGGUCCAACCUUCGCAUGGCUAACUGUUGAUUAUACAUUUGCGUUCUCAGCCGUCGGCCAGUUUUUCAACGUAAUUACACACCCAGCAGCUGCACUGAAGUCUGUAGACAAUGGUCGAUUGCUUCUGAUCAGGAAUAGGACCUUUUUCCGAUGGAAACGAAUAGGCGAGUACGAAUAAGCACUUCAGAGGAGGAAUAAGCGGCCGAUGGAACAAGAAGUUUAUUGGCCUGACGUUUCGGAUUUUCGCUCGGACACAUCACCAGAAACCGUUGCAGAAAAGGGCAGUUGAUACAAAGGAGUGCAGUAUUGAUGAGCCAAGGUAGCUAGGCAACCACAUGCCACACGCAGCACUCGUUGUCAUCACUGGGGAUCUUAUAUGAUGUGAUUAUUGUUUGUCUGCCCGUACCUGAGUCCUUAGUUGUUGCGAUUUCAGCACCAUUGUUGAUUCUCUGCGUGACGAUUAUUCGGCAAUUUCGCUCAGUCACCGGAACCGUUGCAUGCCCGCGCCCUCUUCGCGCGGUUAAUUAUUUUGCCCAGGCAAAACCGCACAGAAUAUGAAGACGGUAGGUUAUUGCGCCCGUCAAUUAAAUGUGCGCCGGAAAACCAUGGCUUAUGUAACAAGCGGCUCAUGUAGCAAUCCUCAUUUGUGGGAAUUUUUUGCCUCGCGAAGCUUAAAGGUGUGGCCAGGUCUCGUUGAUUGUGCCCUGACUUGAGAGCUUUCGUCAUUCCUCCUGUUGCAUGUUCAACCAUUCGCGUUAAAGGCAACCCUACAGUCUCUUCGACACAGUUGCUUUGCCCGCAACUGCAACAGAUCCGGUAAACGAUUCCAGGCGCUUCCCGCCAUGACUGUGGGUUUUUCGGCAUCAUGAUCUGGCGCCUGCCUCGAGUCUGUGCACAAAUCCAAACUCGAAUGCUGUGAGAUGGUGGCUGGCGGCUUCUGAGACAUUCGCCGCGUAAGUAAGCCCUCGCCAGAAUUUGGGCCCGGUUGAAUUUUGUUUCUCGCUGAGUUAACUAACGCGCCGGCUGACAAGGUUGCGCGAUCAGCCAUUCGCCUCCAAGCACUCAUCGACGAUAUCGUACUUCAGCAACCAUGUCUUCUGGUUCAGUGCAGUGCGUCUCGACAUGCCGACACAGCCCAUUUAGGUAGCUGCACUUGUGGCUGAUUGGGCGGCUGCUGUUGAAGCCCAUUACUUGCGUCGUAGUCGCUUUUCUAAACGCUUCAGCUUUUAGGCCGUUACAAUCUUGGAGGCAGAAGAAGACGACGAGGACGGCCAGCUGGUUGUCUCUUCCUCCUCAAUCGUAAAUUUUUUAUCCGGAAAGGUGGCGCUGAGAUGUCCUUCAAAUGCCAUCACCCGAUCCUGAUCGAUUAUGACGAAGGUAUCAUCUACAUACCGAGCCCAGAAUUUCGGUCUGUGGUUCGGAAAACCUGCGGCUCUAACCGUUGUGGGACAGUUUCAACCAUGAGUCCCAAAAUCCGUGAACUUAUCGGGACGCCUCUUACCCGCUCGUAGAUUUCUGUCAAACAUGAAGUACGUCUUGAGGCAGAACUUCGGGAGUUGGAUGAGUUGGAUGUGUCCGCGGCGAUUCUCCGUUUCAUCGCUUGGCAGAGACCCAUCUCUUGUAGUUUCUCACAGAGUCGUGCUGACAAGCUAUUGUGGUGUCCUUUUGCAGAUUGUUGAAUCUAGACUCGCCAAUCUCAAAAAACGGGUGGGGGAACGUCAAAUAUCAAGAAAGACCUCUUCCUCUACGGACUUUGGAAAACAUUCCAUCGUUUGCCCGAUUAAUGACGGGCAUCGAAGUUGCAUAGCACUCGGCCGUAGGAAGGUGUGCAGAACGUCCUCGAACUACGGGAUUGGGAUCCAGGUCCGUAAAUGGCGGACCAUGAGAAGAUGCCCCUAAGCCAGCACCUCACGGUAGCAGAUCUGGAAGAUAAGUAUUCAGGUGUCCGAAGUUGACAAGCAGCCUGACUCUGUGGAUUUUCUGUUAAUAAAUCACCCCUUACUAAGCGGAUAAACAGAUUCCUGGGUGUCACUUACGGGAAAAAAACUUGCAUGGGGAAAUUAAGGAGCGUUCAGAAAUUCCUAGCAAUUGGGUGAAAAUUAGUGGCCUAAAGAACGAGCUGGGGACUCUGCAAAAAACUGUUCUUCAUACACCGAGAGAAAAAUGAUCAGCCGAACCAGACAUUCCUAAAAAAAGUAACGUGAACGAGUUUGGAUUCCUCAACCACCCCUAACACUAAAGUAAAAGUCAACAUGUCUACAGAUGUCAGCACACACGGGACCCUUCUCCCAUUUGAAAGAUAGUCAGUCAAUUCCGGCGCGUCGUCUUUGUCAUUUAACAGCAGCACCCAAAGCUUAGGUUCACAAGUAAGUUCUGGAUUUUCAGUUCUGUGAAAAUUCCCAUAUUACAAUUGAAAAGUCAGUCGGUGAAAAUAUGUUGGGUGGGAUGGGGGGGGGGGGAAUUAGAGGGGUUCGGGAUAGAUUGUAAGCGCUGUGAGUGCGGGUGACUGCUCGUAGGGCGUCGGGACGGCGUGCGAUCACUGUCUGGAGUCGGCCAGGGCAGACAGACUGUUUGUGUCAGCGUCUUCUGAUAACAGAGUGCUGGGUUCGCCAGUCGAAUGGCCACUGAUUCGGCUGUGACUAGCACCCGUUUUCGCAGGCCCCAACUCCACCGUCCUCAACACACUGACUCCGUCAUGCGGGCGACGUGGGAACAUGGAGUCCGAUUAACCCGUCCCCUGAGACGCAUUUAUAUCCUGUAUUCAAUUAGAUUGAUCAUUUACAAGGCAAAUGUACCGGCCUGAUGAUGAGUUACCGAAAACAUAUGUUCGCCAACUGACUGGAUUUUCACUUGGUGGUCCACCAACAUGCACUGCUAAAAAUCAUGCUGAACUUGAAGAACCGAGAAGGAAGAAACCAAAGGCUUCGCACAUUUGUUCCUGAAGACAGGGCCGAGACAUCGAAUCUGCUGGAAAGGGGAUGACUCUUCUAAAUUCACCUAGGUUGACGUUUUUAGGCCGAAUUGAGAACUGUCGGACAGACUUAAAAUGAGGAAGUUCAGUAUGAAAUUGAAACGGAAGAGAGAUGAAGAAGGAACGUUGUUUAGAAAUAUGGGAUUCGAAAGAAAGCGGACCAGGAGAUCGUUCCUAUGACAACUACCGUUGACAAUCAGGCCAGUUUCCCGCCAGGAAGACGGGCACUAAGGGUAAUGUGCUUAAAUAUACAGAGCCUGUUCAAUAAAAUAAAGUACCUCAGCGCUUUUGUCGAUGACAACACAAUAUAUAUAUUGUCACUCCCUAAUAAGCGAGACAUUUUGAAGUCAUGGAACAACGACCACCUUACGUGGACCAGUUAACGUUUAGUGGAGUGCGUUCACUUCGACAAAACUGUUAUUGAUACAGUUGGUCCGCCCAGACGAGCGAAACAUACAGCCAUCGAUAUAUGUAAAGCAGGGACUUCCAACCACCUUUAGAAGGAGAAUGACGAAUAUAUACAAAUUACAACGUGCUGACCGUAAACAUGAAGCUUUUAGGCUUCGAACACUGGACCAAACAUACCGAAAUACUCCCUGAAACAAUCCAGGGUCCUGUACGGUUACCCCCGCAAUGAAAAUAGAAACCAUGAAUCAGCUGCGACGCAGAGCCUUAAAACAGAACUUUGGAGACGAAUGAUAAGCCGGAAGCAACAGUAUUCUUUACCUUCGUCCAAUUGGUUUUCACUUACGAAGCUAGCCAAGCAGGGGAAAAGUAACAACAACAACAAUUUGCAUCGGUUUAACUGGUAGAGAACCUUCACGUCUUGCCUGCAGUGAUAAGGAUAUAACUACUAGGACUGAAGCCUUGUAGGUCAUCUGGUCCAAAUCGAAUCCCCAUAUUCGCCCAUGGAGGACUGGUCGAUUUCUAUUCACCUUACUCUGGCCGGUUGCUGAAUAAUUGAGUCUCUCGACCGUACUUAACGGCGUGUACCGUUGCUCAUCUGGUCCUCAACCACUCAAAACUUUCCAAAUCGCUCAAUUAACUUCGGGGCCAACUCGGGCAUGUCAGGCGCUCUGACGUCUGCUCUGGCCAUGCCGGACCUGCUUUUUCAUAGAAAGACCUUUUAAGAGACGCUCGACGAUGUAAUUUAAGCAGGGGAACCUACAAUGCAUAGAGUAACAUGACUUUUAUCGGAGUCCUUCGUCAUACAUUUGUUUUUUUAUUUGCAGGAAAAGUGGAUAAGGGCCGUAGAGCAGGCCUGCCCAGUGGCUGCGAUUUUCUUCGCCUUCAAGAAGCCACUUGAUAGCGUGUUUGACAAGCGUCUCCUACAAGAACUUGAGUGUGUAUGUCCCCCCCCCCCCUCCCUAAACGGGCCACGUGGGAGAUGCGCGGGACCAACACAAAGACCAUAUCGGAUCCUGACAGGCGUUAUCGGAAUGCGCCCCAUAGCAGAUGCCAACAUCUCGGGCUGCGGCUGCAGACCCAGUUGCCGGCAGACGUCGCGCAUAUUGGCACGCCUGGGUCCCUCCCUAUUGCUGUUGUUGGUUAAAAUCCUGGUCACUUGCUGUGUGGACCAGAGGGUUCGGAGUCGAGCGCCAAGGUGCGGGCUCGGCUGUGCCCGCCUCUGGUCUUCUUAGGUCUAUCUUGACACCGGGCUCAGAUGGGGAAGAAGGAGAGAGUGUGGUUGAUGCAGCGCAAGCCCACUACCACAAUAAAGUAGUACUCGCACCAGUCGCCGCUCUUGCUUUAUUUUGCCGUAUACUAUUUUCGAUCAAAUUAAAGGUUUCCUGUCAUCCAGACUGCGGAGAGUUGGAGUCGACUGCAGAUUCUCCAAAUGAGUCCCAGUCGAAGGCGGAGUAGGGGGAAAUCCGUUAUUUAGUUCAUUUUUCUCCUUAUAUACAGUAGGCGGCCUAUCUCAUGUUAAAUGUCUAAAUUAGCGGAAAAUCUCUAUUCGAUCGGAAACCAGUCCAAAUGCACCGACUUGUGGUGCCAGUUUAGUCAGUUUUGUUUUACUCCAUUGUCCGCGCGCUUCGAAUUUGAUUUCAAAUUUUCGCCCUCUCUCGGAAUUUAGUUUCUUCGAGAAUUCGACUUACUGUACGCUCUUAGAGCCUCAAUUAAGACGGAAUUAAGACCUAAACUCGACUCAUCAACAUCUUCCUCCCAACUAGUCUUCUGCAGCACAUUCCCUGUACUCCGAUUUCGGCCGUGCUCGUUUCUACAACUUGCAAGCCCAGACAGACGGAUUAUCUACAGAACAAUACAUCCGAAGCUUCUACAAAGGCUGAGUCGCUUUUCCACUACUAGACAUUGUUUCAUCAUCGUCUCAAAGUAUUUGUCUAAAUUUCUGCCCUCGGAAGCUUCUUGACCAUAACAUAUGAAGUUACUUUCUACCGAAAGAUCGUCGUAAAAGCCUUUUCUUCAUACUUAAGCCUGCGCUCUUUGUGUAUAUAGAAAAGUUAUCCAAAAUGUUGGAGUCCGCACCUGUGUUUCAAAGUAACGCGCACUUGGGGUUCGAACCGGGGACCUCAAAAGUUAGAGCCAGCUCCGCUAACCCCUGCACUAUCCCCGCACGACCGGAGCACACAGCUAAAAGUUUUGUUAAUUUGUCACCACAGGAUCUCGUAGGAUAUUCACGUAAUGGUUGUCAAACGAUAGCCUACAAUAUGCAUAAUCUAGAGGAAGAAGUAAGAAAUCUGAAGGAGCUUAUACACAAAACUGUUUCUUCAGAGGCCCGCCCGAGGUUAUCUACGCAGAGGUUAACUCGGAGUAGAGCGAGAGCCAUCCAGUGUAAAGAAUCCCCAGAAAGCAAUCAUGUGGUGAAUAAGACAACUGCUGUUAGUAGGCAAAUAGUGGCAUCCGAUGAAAAAAAGAAUAAGAAGAAGACUACACCUAACACCACGGGGAAAAGUCGCCAGAAUACGAAAGAAAGCAUAUCGGUCUUGUCCGAAAAGCAGUUGAAAAACGAAACGACCGUAAAUGUGCCAGCAGAAGAAGUGAAAGGAAAGGAGCAGUUGACGCCCAACCGUAGAAAUCCCCAUACAAUGUGCUCAUUUCCGCAGCCUAACUUAGAGGGCUUAUCAAUUAGCGCAAUGACAUAUGGUUAUGGACCCACAGUGGAAUAAGCUGCCACCGCGAAUUCCCAUAUCAACAGAGUUGAGAACCGAGCCGAGGAAGCCUCUAAUUCAUGGGGGUCAAGCUCUCUUCAGAGCCCUCUGAUGGGAGGCAGUGCCGAUCAACCACAUCGUGCAACUAUUCAUGAUGCCUCAACAAGAUCCGCGGACGAACUUCACGGGGACAUAAAUACCAAUAUGACAGCCUCUUCCUUUUCGCCAGUCCACUUCGACGAGGGCAAAGGACCGGUCAACGACGUCCAAACCGCAGAACACAGAGGAAUGCUUAACAAGGAUCACUGCAUCAUAAUUCAGGGCCUGCCAGAGACCUCCGCCAGUACCCCAGGGAAAGAGUCGCUGCUGACUUAG